UGAUAAGAGAACACACGGCGGAAUACUUUUGCUCAGCACUACAUAUGUGUCACAUUUCCUGCGCACUGAAUGUGCUACACAUGCUCAGCGCCUGCUUCCAGGUUGUACCCAUGAUGCAAUCACUUGCAUCCAAACGGCUGCGAAGCAAAGAAAUCCUCGUACAGUAUUUGUUCACUGCAUUCAUCUCAUGUUCAGGAGAAUUCGAAAUCUCCCUGCAGCCGCAACUGGGCGCAUGGGUCGUUGAGUAUUCUGAGGGUUGGCGACUGGAUGCAAAGGGGUCCGCAUUGCCGCGUUUAGUGGAGGCUGAAAGGGCCGUUCAAAACGCCCGCAACCCACGGCCGCUGUGCCGGAUCCAUACACGACAGAUGCGGUAGCGCCAGUUUGUGCGAUGCUUCUAGUGUUGACAUUUCAGCCACAAGUCCGAAGUUGAAAGACAUGGGAUUUUGAAGUUGGAAUCGAGCAGCAAACAAAGUCCAGACCUUCGGGGCGCCGGGUGUGGAAGGCAGGGAAUGGAAGCCGGCAAACCGGGGGUAUGCACGUCGCGACGGGAGACGGGAAGACUGGAAGACCUGAACCAGACAAAUGGGACCGAUGUGGGGGUCUAGAUAGCUGACAUAAUACACGAG